UUUUCGCGGUAUUAAAAUCAGAUGUGAGCGCGUUCAGGCGCAGUCUGUUCGCGAUCGUCAUUGUACGUUGACGCUUGCCGUUAGACAUUUUGAAAUUCGCGCGGGAAAUUCGACAUCGAUAAGUGACAGUUGAACUUUUUUAAAUAAACACUUUUUUAUUAUUUUCGAACAGGUGCCAAUCGUUAUAAUGGUCAGAUGAUAUUUUAUUCAAUUUGUUUGGUUGUGCGUGACUGAUUUGCAUUUUGUUAUUGACUUAUUAACAUUUCUUGACAUUUCGGACUCUUAAGGCUGUGUUUAGGUAUUAGUGUUUACAAAAGCUGCCAUGGCGAACAAACUAUAUUUACUAUUAAUAGCGGCGCUGAGCGCAGUGAUGGCAUAUCGAUACCCUGACUUACCACCAGGGCCGUACUGCGGUCAAGGAGGGCAAUCGCAAUGCUGUUCGAAUAGACAAGACACGUGUUCACAUCAAAUACUAGGCACGCUAUGUUACUGCGACCAGUUCUGUAACAGAACGUUGGCGCACGACGACUGCUGUCCAGACUAUGAAGAGGUCUGCCUCGGUGUCAGUCCUCCUCCGGAGUAUAUAGGGAAAUCCUGCGAAGACAAGGGCAAGAAAUACUACCCGCCCGAGAAAAUUAUGAAAGAUUGCAAUACAUGCAAAUGCGAGCAGAAAUCACCAGGUGUCGCCGAAUGGGUGUGCGAGGACGACCCAUGCCUGAUGAGCAGCGAGGUUUUAGAAAACAUUAAUCGAGGCGGCUACAGGUGGAGAGCGGCCAACUACAGCCAGUUCUACGGGAAGAAACUGAAGGACUCUAUGAUCUACAAAUUAGGUACACUUCCUUUAUCACCUGAGACAAAGCGUAUGGGACCAAUUCGCCACAACAAGGAUGUAACUUACCCCACGAACUUCGAUGCCCGGGAAGUCUGGCCUGGCUAUAUUUCCCCUAUUGUGGAUCAGGGUUGGUGUGGAUCUGACUGGGCUGUAGCCAUCGCUGGAGUUAUGUCUGAUAGGUUCGCUAUCCAGUCGAACGGUGCUGAGAACCUGCAGCUUAGCCCUCAGAGCCUGCUGUCCUGCAACAGGAGGAUGCAGAGAGGCUGCGACGGAGGUCACAUCGAUGUAGCUUGGAACUUCGCCAAGAAUCAAGGCAUAGUAGACGACGAAUGCUACCCGUAUGAAGCGACAGCGUCACAAUGCAAGCUGCAUCGUCGCGCGAGCCUAAUAGAGGAUGGGUGUGAACCACCAGCUUCUGUGCCUCAGCGUACCUCCCGUUACAAGGUCGGCCCGCCCGGCCGUCUGCAGAAGGAAAUCGAUAUCAUGUAUGACAUCAUGCAGUCAGGACCUGUCCAUGCCAUCAUGACCGUAUACCAGGACUUCUUCCACUACCGUGACGGUGUAUACCGCCGCUCUGGAUUCGGUAACAACCAGCUGCAAGGUCUGCAUAGCGUCAGAGUCAUCGGAUGGGGCGAAGAGCGCGGUGAGAAGUACUGGUUGGUAGCCAACAGCUGGGGUGACUGGUGGGGCGAGAAUGGCUACUUCAAGAUCGCUAGGGGUGACAACGAGUCGGGCAUCGAAUCGUUCGUUGUAACUAUCCUCUGUGACGUCACAGAGUCCUACAGAAAGAAAUAACACCGGGAGGAACUGAUCAGACCCCUCUGUGUGCACACGAAAGUUGUCACUACUAACAGGGGGGUUAUUCUGCUGAACAUCACGAAAGACUUUGUAUAGUAUUCAUAGAGCUGACAAAUCGUUUUCUACUGUGGAAAUAUUUUUAUAUCUGUAUAUUUUAACAAUUAUAACCAACGUCCGAUGUUAGAGCGAUACGUUUAAUUGUUAAAAAUAAGGUUUUUUUUUUUAAAUCUUUAAUAUGAAGAUUUAGUCUUCAUAUAUAAGGAAUAAAAAAAAUUGGUAUUUGGCAUAAAUCGUAUCACUCUAGCUCGUUUGGUCACGAUUGUAGGCCAUUGGUAAGGCAGCUGUAUGUGGAUUUAAAGUUAAGCCGAAAUUAUACGUACAUCUACGACGUACAUUUUUAAGUACAUCUAAUGAUAUGAAAAUAUUUUUAUCAAUAAUUCUGAUCUCCAGUUAAAGCUCCCAGACCUUGAUUAAGAACCGAAAAUCUACAGCGCAGUCGCCAUUUUGGUUCAGCUUACACAUUAUAAGCAUUGUACAGACACGGGCAAUAUUUCUCGGCAAUAAUGAGCUGCAAUUGUUGCUAGCCAAGUUGUGCAAUAUUGCAGUUCUAUAUAUCCCGGCCAUAUAACUAAACAUUUUUGAUAUGACCGAUGUUAUUUUGAAGGGCACUAAGUUGCCGAUAAAUAUUGCCUGUUUAAAAAGCUUUUUGUUAAAAACCAAAGAUUUCCUGUAGAAGUCUUUGUUGAAAAUAAAAUGAGUAUGAAUCGAAGCAUAACAAAAAAAUAUUAAUUAUUCAUUAGCAUAAUGUAAGUGAUUCGAAAGCACAAUAUAAAUUACAUGUACACACAAAUAUAGCCACUGCCAAAAUUAAUUUUAUUAUGCUUAUCGAUUUUCGGCAUAGAUUUAGUGUCGAUCUCACCAUCGCUUAGUAAAAGAACGUCUUAAAUAGUUAGGUACUUAGAACGCAAAGGUGCCAUUAUUAUUUUUAAGUCGUAUUCUUGGCUAUAUAUAUAGAUUAUAUUGCAUACCAUUUUAGGUAUUUUGUAUUUAGUUAUGCACUAUAGUUGCACGAUAUGGCUUGUUAGCAUUAUAUGUAUUUAUCCAGGCUGUAUUUUGGGGGUAUACUGAUAUUAUCAAAUUAUUUAGCCCCUCAAUUUAAACGACCCACUUAAGUUAGGGGAAGAUUGGGACCAUUCAUACACUUUUUAGUCAAUGAUUUUUAAAAUAUUUAUAAUCAAAGAUAAAUUACUCAUUACUUAUUAAAACAUAAAGCAUACUUUCUGCUCCUUAUUUAAAAAGUUCAAAGUCGAUAUCUUGUAUAAUAUAUCAAAGGAUUGAAUUUUACUAAAAACUAAUGAAAUGUCCGAAUCUACCCCUAUUAAUGGGUACAAUCGUACAUGGGCCGGGGAACAUUCAGACAGUGUGGUAACUUCAUAUAUAUUAAGUAAAACAACAAAUGAAUUAAAAAGAUCGUUUUCAUUGAUCUUAAACUUAUCAACGAUGUAAUUAACUAAACGACAUAUAGGCUUAGAGUCUAACUAUCUUUUUACGAAAACCGUGCAUCCAUUCUAUAUCAACGAAGCCAGUUUCAUAACAAUUUUGCAAACAUUUAUAUUUCAAAACUUUAUCAUAAUCAUUUGAUAGUGUUGUGACUUCCAAUAUCGUGAGUCCGAAAUGUGUUUAUGAACUUUUUCAAUUGGUUAGUCUUUUCAGUAAAACAAUUUGUUUUUUACUAUUAAAAAGCACCUUUUACAGACGCAAAAAAACUCAUUUAAUUAAUAUUUCUUCUUAAAAUUCCGAUCAUUUUUUCUAAAUAUUCUGAUAAAAUAAUAAAAAUUGUUAGCGGGGGUACAUAUAUACGCGUACGAAUUUGCCCUUUCUGGAAAUGUACGCACGUGCCCCGAAGAUAAAUAAUUAAAUUAUUUUUUCUAACACAAAACCCACGUAGAAAAUUCACAAUAUAGAUAUAUAUUAUUAUCUUAAUCGUAUUCACUUACGAUUAAGCAAUAAUUCAAUAAAAUUUGACGUAUGAUUAAAGCACGGAAGAUCCAAAAACAUUAACAAAAUAUUUACUAUGAACAUGCCAAAACACUAACAGUUCUCUAGUUUCGCUCGCAGUGGCUGCAUGUGUGGCUAACUUCGUGGACAACAGGCAGUCGCCGGCGCCUAUCCACUAACACAAAGUCGUAAUAAAUAGGCUUUUCUACAAGAUGUAGUAGUGACUGUAUGAAGGUUCCCCGUGUACGAAUGGUGCCAAACUUCCCCUAUAAGCAGUGGUCGGAAUUAGGUAGAGUUAUUCAUCUACUUACACUGAUUUCAUACAGCGAAAGAAUAAAGUGGAUAUGCCUCAAAUCCCGAGAUUAAUUUUAAAGAGCAGAAAAAUCCCGUGUUUUUUUAAAUAAAAAGUUAUUUACUUUUACACGAUUUAAACUACUGCACGCACGACGUUACCAAACUUACUUC